AUGUGUUCUCUGUUUCAGUUAAAAACUGACAUUUCUUUUUUCUCUGUUAAUACAAGGGGACUUAAAGACUCAGUUAAGCGCAAAGCUAUUUUUCUGUUUUGUAAGGGGCAGCAAGCCAAUUGUGUCUUUCUACAGGAAACUCAUUCUGAUGAGACUGAUGUUAAGUUCUGGUCACAACAAUGGGGAGAUAAAAUAUUCUUCAGUCAUGGUACAAACCGGUCAGCUGGAGUUGCCAUCUGCCUCAACAGAUGUCCUGACGGCACAUGUCCCAGGUUCAGGAUUGAAAGAGGCAUCAGACAAGGCUGCAGCAUUUCACCUCUCUUAUUCAUUGUUGCCACUGAAUUAUUAGCUAUCACUAUCUUAAAUUCUUCCAUUAAAGGAUUAGAAAUAAAUAACAACAGAUUAAUCAUAAGUCAGCUUGCUGAUGACACAACAAUCUUUCUAAAAAAUAAAGAACAAAUCCCUUUGGCCUUGGAUACAAUACAGACUUUCUCUCAGGCUUCUGGUCUGCUCCUGAACCUGGACAAAUGUGAACUCAUGAGUAUUCACAAUUCCUCUGAAUCCUCAUUGUAUAAUAUCCCCAUCAAAACCGAGGUCAAAUAUCUAGGAAUCUGGAUAACUAAAUAUGCAGAUGAAAGGGUAAAAAAGAACAUUCAAAAUGUUAGUGAAACAUGCAAAAAACGCUUAAAUAUUUGGUUGCAAAGGGAUUUAACACUGUUUGGAAGAACUAUGUUAACCAAAAUUGAGUCAUUAUCCAGAUUAAUUUAUCCAGCAUAUUCUUUAGCAAUCCCCCAAAAAUGUAUAAAGGAAAUUAAUAGAACAAACUUUAACUUUAUAUGGAAAAAUAAACAUCAUUAUAUUAAUAAUAGAGACUUGAUAAAAGGUUAUGAGGAGGGUGGUAUAAAGGCAAUUGAUUUUGAGAUUAUGAAUAUUUUGCUGAAAAUUAGAUGGCUCCAGUCCUUUUUGAAAAAUGAUAAUGGGAUAUGGUUUUCACUACCUGCUUUUAUUUUUAAUAAGGUUGGAGGUAUUCAAUUUCUGCUCGUAUGUGAUUUUGAAAUCUCCAAGCUUCCCAUAAAACUGUCGAAAUUUCACCAACAGGUUCUAUUACAUUGGAAGAUGAUAUUCAAGCAUAAUUUCAGCCCCCAUAAUGUACCUUUAUGGAAUAACAGGGUGAUAUUGAAUCGAAGGAAAUCUAUGUUUAUAGAAGAGUGGUUAACAAAGAAAAUUUGGUCUAUUUUACAUAUAAUGGAUGAAAAUGGAAAUAUACUUGAAUUCAAUGAUUUUAAUGCCAAAUAUAACAUGUCCUGUUCAUAUAACGUAUACAAGACAGUUGUACAAAAUAUUCCAAAUGCCUUUAUCCAAUCAAUAAGAAAUAAUAUAUUGUGCAUAUCCUGCCCAAAUUUACAUAAAGUGAAAUUAGAUGAGUUGGACCUAGUAAAUGAAAAAUGUAAUAAUAAAUUUAUUAGGAAGUAUUUAGUAAAUAUUUUAUUUUCAGGUAUAACGAAAAGUUCAUUGUCUCUCAGAGAUUAUAAUAAAUCUGAAAUUUCAUCAAUUCGAACAAAAUAUUUAAAAUUUCCUAUUUCUCCAAAACGCAAAGAAGUCCAGUUUAAAACUAUAAACAGUAUUUAUCUUUCGAAUGAAUUCAUGAAAAAAAGAUUCAAAUUUGAAGUAGAAAAUUGCUAUAUCUGUAAAACAAUCCCUGAAACAACAGAACACUUAUUCUAUGAAUGUGAGUCAGUCCAGAAUUUAUGGAAAUCUCUUCAUGAUUUAAUAUCUUCCAAUUAUAGAAAUUACAACAUUGAAUUCUGGUCCUUUCAAAAUAUUCGAAACGGAGUUGUGCUUAAAGAUAAAAGAAUUAAAUUUUUGAUAAAUAAUUUUAUCAUUAUUACAAAAUACUUUAUACACAAAUGUAGAUAUACCAAGUCCACCCCCUCAUGGCCUGCUCUUAAAAAUGAAUUUUCCCUCCUCCAAAAGUGUCUGAGACGCUUAGAUAUGCCCAAUGCAAAUAAAUUAUGCACAAUUAUAGAUGAGCUUCAUUUAUUCUAGCCCCUUAAAACCCCUUAUUUAUUUUAUUUUUAUUAUUUUUUAUUGGUAUUUAUUUAACUCCUUUUCCCUUAAUUUAUUUUUUUUGAAACAAAGAAGGUGUUUUCAAAUUUGUACUGUAUUUGGAUGUUAUUUUGAGAUUGUCAUGUUCAAUUGUAUGUUCAUAUUUGUCUGAUGUUCAAUAAAGUUGAAAAAAAAAAAAAAAAAAAAAAAAAAAAAAAGAA